AUGAAUCGAUCAGGACCCACAGCGGCUGUGCUGCGCCUGCUGAGCGAUCUCAAGGGCUGCCAAGAUGAGGGCUUCAACGCUGGACCCGUGAAUGAGGAUAAUCUGUUUGUUUGGAACGCGACCCUCUUCGGACCCUACGAGACAGCGUGGGAAGGCGGCGUGUUUCAGUUGAAGUUGGUAUUCUCUGAAGAAUACCCGCAGAAGCCGCCCAAGGUCAAGUUCAUGCAGACCGUCUACCAUCCAAAUGUGUUUGGUGAUGGCAGCUUGUGUCUUGAUAUCAUUCAAGACAAAUGGACCCCUGUCUACUCGGUGGCGAGCCUGCUGACGAGCAUCACGAGCCUGUUCACCGACCCCAACCCGGACAGCCCGGCCAACCCGGAGGCCGCUCGCCUCUUUGUGAGCGACAAGAAGGAGUACAACAAGCGCGUGCGAGCCUGCGUCGAGCGAACCCUUGAGGAGUAA